GUGUGUGUGUGUGUGUGUGUGUGUAUGCAUGAAAGAGAGAGGACACAUCCAUAUCAACAUGCAAUGGACAAGAACAAGAGCAAGCAGUACUGAGGAACUGAGGUACUGGAACGUUGUUACACUGAAAGAGCUGGAGUGGAUGACUAAGUGAGAGGAAGAAUGGAUCCAUAAAUAUCAACAUACCUGGAACUUCUUUUCUACUGAGGGAGUCGGAGCGGGGGAGGACAAAACUCCGAUGAAACUGAGAGGAUGUACUUUGACACCAAGCUCUUUAUUGAAGUUGUGAACAUGUACAAUCAGUUUCCAACUGUCUACAUUUGACAUCACCUUGUUUACGAAGACUAUUGUAAAAGGAUAACACUUGCUUUAAUGAACAAUAUGAAUCAGGAGUCUGUCAUGGAUCCUGACCUACCAGAGAAGCGGUACUCCAUCUCGCGGCCGAUCUACUCCACUCCGAGCUUUGAGGUGGACGGAGAACGCCAGGAGCGCCUGGAGGAGGACAGCCUGUCGGCGAGGCUCCACAAAUCCUGUGGAUGUUCAAGCAAGGGCUCUCUGCGGAUGCUAAAAAAGUGUUUACCAAUUAUAGACUGGGUCUCAAGAUAUCCAAUCAAAGAAUGGCUCCUCAGUGAUGUCAUCUCUGGAGUAAGCACGGGAUUAGUUUGCAGUUUACAGGGUUUGGCAUAUGCACUGCUGGUGUCAGUGGCUCCAGUGUAUGGACUCUACUCUGCUUUCUUCCCAAUUCUCACUUACUUUCUGCUUGGUACAUCCAGGCAUAUCUCUGUAGGUCCCUUCCCUGUGACGUGUCUGAUGGUGGGGUCAGUGGUGUUGAGUCAGGUGCCCAGCAGUCCACCUGUCCUGGCUGAGAAUGUCACACAGCCUAAUGGCACGGAGGAGGACCUGGAGGUCAGGAGGAUCAUGGUGGCCUCCACGAUGACCGUGAUGGUUGGCCUCUUUCAGGUGGCCAUGGGGUUGCUGCAGGUGGGCUUCCUGGUGCGGUACCUGUCUGACCCGUUGGUAGGGGGAUUCACCACGGCAGCGGCGCUGCACGUUUUCGUCUCGCAGAUCAAGAUUGUCCUCUCCGUCCCCACCGGCAGCCACAACGGCCCCUUCUCCAUUUUCAAAACACUCAUCGAUGUUUUCACCAACAUUCAUCUAACAAAUGUCGCUGAUCUUGUGGCUGGUUUGCUGACCAUUGCCACAGUGAUGGCUGUGAAAGAGGUCAACGCCAAAUUCCAGCACAAGAUACCCGUGCCAAUCCCCAUUGAAGUGUUGGUGACAGUGGUUGCAGUAGGGAUUUCUUAUGCAGUGGACCUGGAUUCACAUUACGGCGCCAGCAUUGUCCGCAGUAUCCCGCGGGGGUUUGUGGCGCCCCAGGCCCCAGACACAGAGCUGUUCCUGGACAUUCUUGGGUCCAGCUUCUCCACUGCGGUGGUGGGGUAUGCAGUGGCAGUGUCUGUGGCCAAGGUCUAUGCUGCCAAACACGACUACACCAUUGAUGGCAAUCAGGAGCUGCUGGCGUUCGGCGUAAGUAACAUCCUGUGUGGAUUCCUCUCCAGUUUCGUGGCCAGCACAGCGCUGUCCCGCACAGCAGUGCAAGAGAGCACCGGGGGGAAGAGCCAGGUGGCCGGCAUCAUCUCGGCGGUCCUGGUGAUGGUCGUAAUCCUGGCCCUAGGGAACCUUCUGGAACCACUGCAAAAGUCUGUGUUGGCGGGGAUUGUGAUCGCUAACCUGAAAGGAAUGUUCCUCCAGGUCACUGAAGUUCCGUCACUGUGGAGACAGAACAGGCCAGACUGUUACAUCUGGAUAGCCACCUGUCUGGCCUGUGUCGUCCUGGGUCUGGACGUGGGAUUAUUGGCAGGCCUGGUCUUUGAGAUGGCCACUGUUGUCAUCAGAACACAGUUUCCUUCCUGUUCAUCCCUGGGAAAUAUCCCUGGCUCUGACAUCUACAGAAACAUGAAAGACUAUAAAAAUAUUGCAGAAGUUCCUGGAAUAAAGAUUUUCAAGUGCAACUCACCCAUAUAUUUUGCCAACAUCGACUACUUCAAGGAACGUCUUAGAGACACGGUGGGCUUUGAUGCAGUGAAAGUGUUUAAGAAGAGGAACAAAGCACUCAAGAAAAUCCACAAACUCGUUAAAAAAGGAAAACUGAAGACUUCAGAGGAUGGCAUAGUGUCUGUGGUGUCACUGGGUGUGGACAAUGAGGCGUUCGAAAGUGAGCCUCGGGAUGUGGAGUCGGUGGAUGUGAGAGUGGACUGGACUUCAGACCUGCCUGUCAGUGUGUCGGUCCCACAAGUUCUCAUCCACAGCCUAGUGCUGGACUUCUCUGCAGUCACCUUCAUGGACGUGGUGGCAGUGAAGUCCUUACGACUGGUCAUUAAAGAAUUCCUGCGAAUAGGUGUCACCGUCUACAUUGCAGGCUGUGACGAUGACUUAAUCAGGAGAAUGGAGAGUCUGGCGCUCUUUGAUGAUGUCGUGACCAGAGACCUGCUCUUCCUCUCAGUGCAUGAUGCCAUCCUCUUCAUCAAACUGGAAGAGGCCAGUAAGGACACUCCAAAUCCUAUCAUAGACAAGGACAACAAGGAACCUUUGCCCUUCACUGAGGAAGAGGACCUGAUAGAGACCUAUGACAACCAGCCAAGGGCCAUCCAUGAGCUCUCCAACUAAAGAAGAGGCUAUGGAGACAGUCCUGAACCCUUCUGCUAUUUUUGCCACUUCCCACAUGCAUUGUUGUUUCUAGUGAGAAAAGUGGAAGACACUUCAUAUUCAAGAGCGGACUUUCCUGUCCUGUGUGUUCAAUGUCAGUCUUUCUCAAACUGAUUUGCUUGAAGGAUGAUUCUCCCAUUUAUGACCUUUUUUACUCUGCUAUCAGAUUAAGGACCCACAAUGUUUUUUGAGCUACUGUAUGUUAUGAAAAUAGAGUCACAUCAGACACACUUUGUUUAGUAACUUGGUCACACUUGGUCACACUUUGUGUCCAGGGAGAUUUGGAGUUUGGCUUGCGUUUGUCUAAUGAGUUAUGUGAAAACAAACAAUGUCGGCGCAAAACAAAACAAAAACACCAGCGGAUGCUUCUAUCCUAGAAGCUCCCGCUGCGUAGUGGAAGCACAUCGGGCGGACAAUAAAUAGACCUCUUCCUCUUCUGCCCUGCCUGACCCUACCAGACGCCAUGUGGUUGUAGUUGUGCUUCUGUUAGUGUAUGUGUGUGUGUGAGUGUAUGUGUGGAGGGGUACAGAUUUGGAAGGACACAAAUGAUUUUGUAUGACCCCUCAGAUUUGUCUCAGAGAUUCUUGGCCUGUUUUUAGUAGAUAGUCUUGGAAUCAGGGCUGGAUGUAAAUCCUGAUCAAAACAACAUGAUUCACUGCAUGGACCACUUUGAUUUAUCAAAUAAAAAGACAGGCAUUUCUUAUAA